AUGUCGAGCCCGAGCUUAAGCUUGAUUGUAAUAGCAGCCAUAGUCUCGGCCGCCUUGUGCGGCCAGAGUCGAGGCGCCACGCCCCCUCUUCAAGUGGGGUUCUACAAAGGGAAGUGCGCCUCGGCCGACGUCGAGGCCAUCGUUGGCGGCGUCGUGAAAGCCUGGUAUGACUAUAAAGAUAAAACCAUUGCGGCCGGGCUUCUACGCCUGCAGUUUCACGACUGCUUUGUCAAUGGAUGCGAUGCUUCACUUUUAUUGGAUGGGGGAAAUACUACUGAGAAAGCGGCAAUCCCCAAUCGGAGUGUCCGAGGCUACGAACUCAUCGACGCGGCAAAAGCUGUGGUCGAGGCCGUAUGCCGCGGCGUCGUCUCGUGUGCUGACAUCAUCGUCAUGGCAACACGAGAUGCGGUUGCCCUGAGUGGAGGAGGACGAUACAUCGUCGAGACGGGAAGGAGGGACGGGACGAUAUCCCUACUCAAGAAUGUGGAUCUCCCAUCUCCCUCAGUGUCAGUCUCCGAUUCCAUCAAAGCAUUUGCAAAGAAAGGACUCAAUGCCACAGAUAUGAUCUAUCUUCUUGGAGGUCACACCGUUGGUGUUACUCACUGCUCCCUCAUCCAGGACCGCCUCUACAACUUCCGAGGCACACAGAAGCCCGACCCAAACAUGGAGGCGGCGCUUCUGACGGCACUGAGGACACGGUGCCCUCAGAAUGCUAAGGUCGACAACGAAGUGAACCUCGACCAGAACCCCUUGAGCUCAAUGGUUGUUGACAACUCCUACUACAAGCAAAUAGUGAAGAAGAGAGGGAUUCUGCAGAUCGAUCAAGACUUGGCCCUUGAUCCACUUUCAAAAACAAGCGUCGAAGCCAUUGCUAGCGGGUUCAACUUCAACGAGAAAUUCGGCCAAGCCAUGAUCAAAUUGGGCGGCGUUCAAGUCCUCACCGGCACACAGGGCCAGAUCAGGCGCUCCUGCCGCGCAGUCAACAAGAGCUAG